AUGGGAAAAAAGAGAGGAGACGCAGAUGUAAAAUGCAAAAAAAAAAGAGAAGGAAAAGUACGUCUUUUCGUUCGUUUGAUUGUCUUGUGAGUGCGUUUCGUUUUUCCGCGUCCAAAUUUGGAGGAACAAGAAGAAGAAGAACAUGUAUAUUUGUCCAGCCGAAUACUAAUGCUACUUAAUUCAAAUGAGUGUUAGGAAAGAAUUUAAAAUUGAAAUAGGUCAUCAGUAAAAUUUCGAAAUUUCGUUUCGAAAUGAAAAAUUAGAACAUUUUCAAAAUUAUACAAGAACAAAGUUCAUCUAAACUGAACUAUAGACAGUCUAGAAAACUGAUAAUCACACCUAACUUCUAAAAUUCAUGACAAAACUCGCAGCAAGCUUGCAAACAGGUUGCGACUGAAAAAAAACGAGAAAUGCCUAAAACGAAAAACAAAUUUGAAACUUGCUGCGCUCCUUUGUCGUGGCAAGACCCAGACAACAAACAUCACCUGUGUUCCUUUAAACCGUAUGGAAAAUUUGCGGGCCUGAUUAUUUUCCUACACAAUUGUGCACAACGCACAACAGAAAAUACACACUGAAGAAAAUGUUUUCAAAAAAAUGAACAUAAUAUUUUUUACACGUUAGAUCUUAUCUUCCACAAAUAACCUAAAUGACGUGUAAAUGUUUUGUAUAAAUACAGUUGCUGGUUGUGAUUAAAUAUUUUUAAUUGUGUAUUUGAAUUCAAAAUGGUAGAUCAACCGAAACCGAAAAAGGAAGUAAGGAAAAAGAAGGUCCCGAGGAAGAGGGGCAAGAAAAAGCCCCUCUUCCCUCGGGAAGAUGUUUCCGGCCCGAGGAAAAAAAGAAUAGUAAGUUAGAAUGUUUUUUGAUCAGGAAAUGGAGGAAUAAUUUUUUUUUGCAGAAGGAGGCCCGGGAACAGGGUUGCCGGCCCGGCUUUCAAUAUGUGCCGGUAACCGACUCGGAAUCGGAUGA